AUAGCAAUUUUGUUUUGUUUGAUUAGAGGUGUGAAGUGGCGUGUGCAUUGUAGCUGUGUUGUGGUUAGAUUUCUCGUGGAUGUAGUCCAGGCAGCAUUAGCUGGAGCACCGACCAUGCACGAUGUUGGAGGGAUUGGUGGCUUGGGUUUUGAACAACUACCUUGGGAAAUAUGUGGAAAAUCUCAAUACAGACCAGCUCAGUGUGGCCCUACUUUCAGGCAAGGUGGAACUCGAGAAUCUACCAUUGAAGAAAGAUGCCCUAAGACAUUUGGGACUGCCGGUGGAGGUGAAGGCGGGCUUUAUUGGCAAAGUGCAGUUACAAGUGCCGGUGCGCCAGAUACGCUCUGCUCCAUGGCUCAUCGCCAUCGAAAAACUCUAUUUAGUAGCCACACCAGUCAAUUUGGAUGAGUGGGAUGCCGAGGUGGAGGCUGUUAUCGCGCACGAGCGUAAGGUGGCUCUGUUGGACGCCCUGGAGGCGCAAUGGCGCGCCGACCACGAGGCCUCCGACGCCGGAUACUAUGCUACCUCGUACUCUUCCUGGCUCAGCUAUGGCACUGGUCUACUGGCCAACAUAGUUGAGAACUUACAGUUGAAGCUGAACGAUGUGCACAUCCGAUUCGAGGACAGCAUAACAUGUGCGCCGAGCGCGUUCGCGUGCGGGUUGACAGUGGCGUCGUUGGCGGCGGAGUCGUGCGACAGUUCGUGGACGCGGGGCUUCACGCUGCUCAACGAUAGCGACCUCUGCUCCUUCAAGCUGCUCGAGCUAUAUCAGCUCGGCCUGUACUGGGACCCCAUGCCCGUGCCGCACGGCAUGUUCGCCAACUGCACCAUCUCGGAACUCACCGAGCGCAUGUCGCAGACGUGGAAGACGUCGCACCGGUACUUGGUGGAGCCGGCGUCGGCGACGGCGCGAGUGCGUCGCGAGCGCUCCUGCCAGCCGCUGCGCGCGCGCACGCGGCCGCGGCUCACCGCGCUGCUGGCGCUGCCCACCGUCGCGCUCAAGCUCACGUCGCGCCAGUACAGCGAGGCCGUGGGCUGCGCGCUGGGGCUGGAGCGGGUGGCCAAGCUGCGCGAGUUCCGCGCGCACCGGCCGGCCGCGCCCGUCAGGGGCCACGCCCGCCUGUGGUGGAUCUACGCGCUCAAGUGCCACUCGCCGCACUACCGCUGGACGGAGCCGCGGCCCACGCGGGAGUCGUGCCUGCAGGCGGCGCGGCGCACGCGCGAGUACGUGGACACGUGCCUGUUCGUGCUCGCCAACCCCGCCGCGACGCUGCCGGCGCCCGCCAAGAAGGCCAAGGACGACUUCGAGUGGAGCACCGACCUGCACGUCUUGAAGGCGCUCAGACAGGUAGCCAUGCGCAAGGUGCCGAAAGCGACGCCCGCGUCCACCCCGGACAAGCCCGCGUCGUCGGGGCGCAGCAUGCUGGUGCACUGGUUCCCGCAGUGGUGGGGCUGGUACGGCUCCGCGCCGCCCGACCCCGCGCGGGCCCCGGAGCCCCCCGCGCCCCCCGCACCCGCGUCGCCCGACCUCGAGGAGGAGAUACUGGACGUGAUCGCGGAUUCGCUCGACAAUAACACGCUGCUCAAAAGAGACGCCGUGUUCGGGAGGUUCGAGUUCGAGCUCGAGAAGGGGUGCCUCAACUUGUGCAUGGACGCGGAGGACGACCCCAAGGCGGAGGAGGGCCAAGCGGGCACGGGCGUGGAGCUGCAGUUCAGCCAGGUGUGCGUGCGCGUGGAGACGCGGCCCCGCGCCGCGUCGCACCUGCUGCACGUGUCGCUGGGCUCGGUGUGCCUGCGCGAGCGCAUCACGCCGCACACGCUGUUCCCCGUGCUGGUGGCGCCGCAGGGCGUCAUCCGCGAGGGGCUCAGCGCCAUGAACGCCGCGGCCGGCGCCAUGGCCCGCUGCCGCGCGCACGCCGCCGCGCCCGCCGCGCCGCCCGAGCCGCUGUUCCAGCUCACCUACGAGAAGAAGCCCUUCGGCCUCAACUGCGACUACAAGCUGUGGGCGAAGAGCGCGUCGCUGGAGGUGGUGUACUGCGCGCCGCUGGCCCGCUGGGCGGCGGCCUUCGCGCGCGGCGCCUGGGGGCCGGCGUGGGCGCGGCCGACGCACGCCUACGCGCACGUGCGGGACUCCACGAAGCAGCGGCUCAAGACGCACUUCGAGCACAUGAUGCACCCGCACCCGGUCAGCGCGCGGCCCGGCGGCGGCGGCGGCCCGGGGGGCGGCGAGGUGACGGCGCCGCGUUUCGUGCAGGGCGAGCGGCGGUCGUGGCAGGUGGAGCUGGACGUGUCGGCGCCGCAGAUCCUCUUCGCCGAGGAGCUGUGCGACCGCGACGCGUCGGUGCUGGUGGUGGACUUCGGGCGGCUGCGGCUGACGAACGCGUCGCCGCCGGGCGAGGCCGCCGCUACGCCGCCGGGCGAGGACGAGGAGACGUUCAUGACGCCGUGCUCCACGCCGCCGGCCAGCCCGCUGUCGCCGGCCGAGCCGCCCGAGCCUCCGGGGCCCGCGCCGCCCGCCGCGCCCGCGCUGGACGCCGCCGACCUGCACACGCGCCUCUACGACAGGUACCGCCCGCUCGCGACACGAAUGGUUCGCGGUGGCAACAAAACUUUUACAUAA